GCAUGCUUUGCUAAGGUGAGCCCGGGCACCUCCUGCCACUAUAGAGAGCCAUGGAAGGCAUGUUUGCCAAGUUCGUGUCACAGAAGAUCAGUAAGACUCGCUGGCGGCCGGUGUCAGCCUCCUCACUGCAGCAACCAGAUGUGUUUGCCACUGGCUCCUGGGAUAAUGAGGAAAAUAAACUAUCAAUUUGGUCCACUGGUGGUUUUGGAGCUCUAAAUACUGAAGAAGACUAUCAAGGCGAUUUCAAAUUGCUGUGUGAUAUCAGACACAAUGGAGAUGUCUUGGAUAUGCAGUUUCUAGAUAAAGAUCGGAUUGUAACAGCAUCGUCAUCUGGAAGCGUUACAAUUUUUCGUCACCAUCAAAACAACCAGACAUUAUCAGAAAAACAGAGAUGGGUUCAAGCACACCAUCAUGUGGGAUCAAAAAGCAUAGCAGCUCCCUGCACUAGUGUUGUGUGUAGCAAUCCAGAAAUAGUCUCUGUUGGAGAAGAUGGUCGUAUAAACCUUUUCAGAGCGGACAGCAAAGAAGUAGUAAGAAUAAUCGAUGAUGCAGACAGCAGUGCUAUGCACGCAGUAACAUUUCUUCGUACUACUGAGAUAUUGACUGUGAACUCAUUUGGGCAGCUGAAGAUGUGGGAUUUGAGACAACAAGGCAAUGACCCUACCCAGAUUUUCUCUGUGACGGGUGACCGAAUUCCCUUGCACUGUGUUGACAGACACCCCAGCCAGCAGCAUAUUGUUGCAACAGGUGGACAAGAUGGCAUGCUAUGUAUAUGGGACGUUAGACAAAGCCGCAUGCCAAUAUCUCUGUUGAAUGCUCAUGAGGCAAAAAUGUGGGAAAUCCAUUUCCAUCCUUCAAAACCAGAUCACUUAUUCACCUGUUCAGAAGAUGGUUCUUUAUGGCAUUGGGAUGCCUCAACUGAGAUUAUAGAAAAGCCUUCCUUCCUUGGAGGAAGAAACACAUCUCAUAUGUCCCGUAGCACUAUUACACCAUCUAAUACUUGGCUCAGCAGUGAUCCCACAAAGAGCCACUUGGAAAUAACUGAUCUUCUUCCCAACUCCACUCUCUCUGUGAACAGCCUGGACGUUUUAGGAGAAUUCCUGGUUUGUGGAACAGAUGCAGAAAAUAUAUGUGUGACCAGGCGACAUUUUUCAUGAACUUGAUUAUUGAAAAAAAAAAUCGAAAAAAAUGUGUAUAUAUACUUAUGCAGCUGUAAAAUUACAAUAUAUUAUUGCUUUUCUGUAACCCAGUUUAUGGAUUUAUGGAUAAAUAUUUGACUUUUUCCUUCUAAGCCUACUUUUGUUCCGGUUAAAUGCAAUGGUUUAUUUACUGAUAACAACGAGCAAGAAUGUUAUCAUUGGAUCAAACUUUGUGUUAUUCAGAACCCAAGAGUGAAUCAAUACAGACAAGAUGAGAACAAGACCAACUGUCCCAUGUUAUUUUAUUGAAUAUUAUACAUCAAUCACUCUUCAAAUAUAUAUUUUUCCAUUGUUAGGUUAUCCCUCCUGAACUAGGAUUCAAGUCAAAAAUGAUAAGACAGAUGCUUUAUCCACCUGUUUUACAUUGAAUUGUAAACAUUAUAAAUGACAUCACAAAUGU